GUUUGAGGUUUUUGAGAGCACUGAGACUGAUGUCCAUCCCAGACAUCUUGACCUAUUUGAAUGUACUGAGGACAAGCACCAUCAUACGACUGGUUCAGCUGGUGGUGUCUUUUGUUUCACUGUGGCUGACAGCGGCUGGAUUCUUGCACCUGUUGGAGAACUCAGGCGAUCCCUUUCAUAAUUUUGCAAAUCCACAUAAUAUGUCCUACUGGGAAUGUCUGUACUUCCUCAUGGUGACGAUGUCCACUGUGGGCUUUGGAGACAUAUUUGCCACAACAGUUUUAGGAAGGACUUUUGUUGUCAUAUUCAUCAUGAUUUUCAUUGGUUUAUUUGCAAGUUUUAUUCCUGAAAUAGCAGAUAUUCUGGGAAAGCGGCAGAAAUAUGGAGGCUCGUACAGAAAGGAACGAGGCAAAAGACAUGUUGUGGUGUGUGGACAUAUCACAUUUGACUCUGUGUCCAAUUUCUUGAAAGAUUUUCUCCACAAAGACAGGGAGGAUGUUGAUGUGGAAAUUGUAUUUCUUCACAAGGGUUUACCUGGGCUAGAGUUGGAAGGAUUGUUGAAGAGGCACUUCACUCAAGUGGAGUACUUCUGGGGAUCUGUGAUGGAUGCCAAUGAUCUGGGAAGAGUUAAGAUUCAGCAAGCAGAUGCAUGCCUGGUACUGGCAAACAAGUACUGCCAAGAUCCUGACCAGGAGGAUGCAGCAAAUAUCAUGAGAGUCAUCUCUAUCAAGAACUAUCAUUCAGAUAUAAAAGUUAUUGUGCAGCUGUUACAAUACCACAAUAAGGCCUAUUUACUGAACAUCCCUAGCUGGGAUUGGAAGAGAGGUGAUGAUGCCGUUUGUGUUGCUGAGCUGAAGCUGGGCUUUAUAGCUCAGAGCUGCUUGGCACCAGGAUUUUCAACUCUGAUGGCCAAUCUGUUUACAAUGCGCUCGUACAAGCCGACGCCAGAGAUGUCUCAGUGGCAGAGGGAUUACAUGAGAGGUACAGGGAUGGAGAUGUACACAGAAUAUCUGUCCAGUACUUUCAAUUCCCUUACUUUUCCUGAGGCAGCAGAAUUAUGUUUCACCAAACUGAAACUUCUGUUGCUGGCAAUUGAAGUUCGUCAAGAAGAAUCAAGGGAGAGCACUCUUGCUAUCAAUCCAGGUUCAAAAGUCAAAAUCGAAAAUGCUACUCAGGGUUUCUUUAUAGCAGAGUCAGCAGAAGAAGUGAAAAGGGCAUUUUAUUACUGCAAGCAUUGCCACACUGGAGCCACCGAUGUGCGGCAGAUAAAGAAGUGCAAGUGUAGACCAU